AUGCCCAUGCAGAAGCCGACCAUCACGAUGUCGACGGUGCAACCGCAAGCUAAGUUGCCACCUUCAACCACCACCGUUGUGACAACAACAACAACAACAUCGCAUGGACAUCUGCCGCAGUUGCCGCCACGAGUCCCAUCGCAGCCAUCGACAGAGAGUCUGGCGAGCAUCAGUUCGCCGCCGCCAAAGCAACGCGUUGCCCCGCCACCGGGACCACCGCCAGCGAUACCGCCACGGACCGGAGCGAUAGCGCGCAGCGGUUCGGUGCAGGUGCAGCAGGCAGCAACAGCAACUCGUUCGUUUGUGCGUCAGGCGUCGGCGAACUCGACGCCGCCACAAUACAUGCCACAGCCGCCGCCGCCCUUUGUCAUACCCAAGCGUUUGGCACGCGCCUCAACGCUGACAGCAGCAUCCAACAGCAGCUGCAACAGCAAUCGCAUGCACAGCAGCGCGCCAGCUACGGCAGCGUCGCCGCUGCGCUGCAGUCAAUGCCUGAGGGCGUCGUUAGUCCCAGCCAUGUUGCAGGGGCAUCGCCUCAGGCCCAUCGCAAGCACUGACGAAGGAGUUCCUUCUUUAAGUUCAGUUCAGGCGCUGGCUCAGCAGCUGUUGCUGGUGCGGACGUCGGUGGAGGAGGAGGAGGAGGUGCUAAGAGCGGUGGCGGAGGUGGCAGCGGUGGAGUCGGAGGAGUUGGAGGAGGCGGUGGCCCAACGGGCGAAGAACCGCAUCCACAGCCGCAUCACAGACGCGAUUGCAUAG